AUGGGUCAGAUCGUGAGGAGGAAGAAGAAAGGUCGUCCUUCUAAAGCAGAUCUAGCUCGUCGUUCCGGUCAAUCUCCGGUGACUUCUCAAUCGGACUUACGACGGAGCCGUCGACAGCGAAAUGUGAGGUAUAAUAUAGACUAUGAUGAUUACAUCGAUGAGGAAGACGAGGAAGAAGAUGAAGAUGAGAGAAGACGCGAGAAGAAGAAGCUGAAGCUUGUGGAGAAGCUCAACCAGGGUGUAGAUGAGGAAGAAGAUGAAGAUGAAGAGGACUCCGCGCCCAGUCGCGGUAGGCCGCGUGUGGCUCACGCACGCGCGGUUCAGUCUGAGAAACGAAAGUUCGGAAGGAAAAACGAUGAUGAUGAAGAAGAAUAUGAAGAGGACAGAGAAGAGGAGGAAGAAGAAGAAGUUGAAGAAGGGAAUGAGAAUGCAGAGGAACACGAAGAUGAAGAAGAAGGUGAAGCUGAAAGGGGUGAGGUAAAGGGCAUAAAAGUGGAUUCCAAAGGGCUCCACUCUGUUACAGGAACCCCUUUGAAGGUUCUGUCUGUGAUUCCGUUGCCGGAUAAGAGGACCCUUGAAUUGAUCCUUGACAAGCUUCAGAAGAAGGACACGUACGGUGUGUAUGCAGAGCCAGUUGAUCCGGAAGAGCUUCCUGAUUAUCAUGAUGUGAUUGAUAAUCCUAUGGACUUUGCCACGGUGAGGAAUAAGUUGGCAAAUGGAUCAUACACUACAUUGGAACAAUUUGAGAGUGAUGUAUUUUUGAUUUGCUUGAAUGCAAUGCAAUACAAUUCAUCCGACACGAUAUACCACAAACAGGCACGUUCAAUACAAGAACUAGCUAGAAAGAAGUUUGAGAAGUUAAGGAUCAACUUAGAACGCACUCAGAGUGAGCAGAAAUCUGAACAAAAAACUAGAUCCAAUUCCUUAGGUAAGAAUCUAGCAAAAAGGCCACUUGGUUAUGCUUCACAGGAACCCGUUGCCUCUGAUUUCUUCUCUGGUGCAACUCUUCCCACUACUGGAGAUGUACUGCCAAUUUCCCAUCCAAUGCAAGGUAUCCCUAGUGAAAGGCCUGGCAACGUUGAGGGCCUUGUGGCAGGGAAUGCUUUCUUUAUCGAUGCAAAUCAAGAAAAAGCAGAAGACUUUAUGUCAGGGAGAAGUCUUCUCUCCAAGAUGGGAAGGAAAUCAUCUGUGCAAGAUUAUGAAAGGAAAUCAUAUGUACAAGAUUAUGAGCGCCGUGCUACUUAUAAUAUGUCUAAUCCAUCAGUUACUGGAUCUGAUUCAGUCUUUACAACAUUUGAGAGUGAAAUUAAGCAGUUAGUUACUGUUGGACUUCAGGCUGAAUAUUCCUAUGCCAGGAGUUUGGCUCGUUAUGCUGCAACUCUAGGACCUACUGCCUGGAAAAUAGCUUCUCAGAGGAUUCAACAGGCACUGCCAUCUGGCUGUAAAUUUGGUCGUGGUUGGGUUGGAGAGUAUGAACCACUCCCAACCCCAGUAUUAAUGCUUGAUAACUGUGUCCAGAAACAACAUAGUCUGGCAACAACGUUGCAGCCUACUACUAAAUUAACAAAGGUUGGUAAAGAUGGUAAGAAUGUAGAAUCCACCUUGGAACAUCGUGUAAACGAACCGAUCUUUGAGGGAAAACAGCCUUCAAUUCGCCCUGGUAGUGGGCUAACAUCAGAAGGAAGACCAUCUUUGUUUGGCUCUGCUGGGUUAAGACCGAAUACUUCUACCAAUCUCACUCAUCCACAACCAAAUGUCCAAACCAGGAACAUUGGGAAGUCUGAGAAUACAGAUUUGAAACAAGUGGAGUUGAACUCUUUACCCUCAAGCGAUCAGAACAAUGCCAGUUUAGUUGCAAAACUUAAAAGUAACGCACCUGCAGCUGUUUCUAAACCUAGAGAGAUGAUACCAAGUAACAUGAAUAUUUUAACAUCUAUGCCUUUCAAGCAGCCAGAUGCUAACGGGGUUGUUAGUGGAGAGUUACCUAAUGGAAACGUCAGGAAUUCUAGUUUCAAUAGACGGAUGACUGCUCCGUCAUCUGAAAGUACAUCAACUCAAACAGUCAGAUCGGCUCCCUUUGUUACCCAUGGGCAAGAGCAGAGUCUUAGCGACCCAGUUCAGAUGAUGAGGAUGUUAUCUGAAAAGGCCCAAAAGCAGCAAGCUUCUAGUUCAUCUAAUCAUCCGCCUACCGAAACUCCACCAGUUCAGAUGAUGCGCAUGUUAUCCGAGAAGGCUCAAAAGCAGCAGGCUUCUAGUUCACAUAAUCAUCCCCCUACUGUAACCCCACCAGUUCGGAUGAUGCGGAUGUCAUCCGAGAAUGCUCAAAAGCCGCAGGCUUCUAGUUCAUCUAAUCAUCCCCCCACUGAAACUCCACCAGUUCAGAUGAUGAGGAUGUUAUCCGAGAAUGCUCAAAAGCCGCAGGCUUCUAGUUCAUCUAAUCAUUCCCCUAUAGAAACUCCACCAAUAACUCCAAAUCCACCGGGACGAAGAGAAGACUUGAGCAAUGCUUCAGCAGCAGCUGCCCGUGCAUGGAUGUCUGUAGGAGCUGCAGGGUUUAAACAAGGACCUGAAAAUUCUAGUUCACCCAAAAGUCAGAUUUCUGCAGAGUCAUUGUACAACCCGGCCCGUGAGUACCAGCAGCAUCUUUCACGAAGUAGGGGUGAGUUUCCUUCUGGCGGAAUGCCUUUCCAGUCAGAGAAGAACUGUUUUCCAUUUCAGGCACUUGUACCUCAACAUCAUGCAAUUGGUGUUUCACAGUUUUCAAACCGACCUAUGGUUUUCCCUCAACAAUUAGCAGCUUCCGACCUUUCAAGAUUUCAAAUGCAGCCGCCUUGGCAAGCUGUCCGGCCUCAUAGUCAACCAAGACAGAAACAGGAAUCGCUUCCUCCUGACUUGAAUAUUGGUUUCCAGUCACCUGGGUCCCCUGCAAAACAAUCUUCUGGUGUGCAGGUUGACUCACAGCAACCAGACCUUGCUUUGCAGCUAUGA